CUUUUUAACUUCUACCGCCAAAAAAGGAAAAAAAAAACGGAAAGAAAAUAUAUUUCCCGAGAAAAAAGAACGAUUCAUAGGGCAUUCAAGGGUGAUUCCUGUUUCGGAUCCGGAAGCUUGCGGAGCAGAAGCUGGAGGGGCAAGUGGCAUGAUUUCAGUUCCGAAGCAGGAGGGGAUGAAGAUGAGUUGAUGUUUCGUUGUUUAUGAUUUUGUAAUUUAUCUUAAUCCUACUGUUUCCUAUUAGGGGAGAUAAUUGGCACAGGCAAGUUUGAUGAGAAUUGCCGUAAAAAGGGUUAUAUAUUUUGAGUCUACUCAGUUGGAUGGAACCAUUAUGGUCGUAAAGUUCCUUGACAGAAGGCAUCUUUGUCUUGCACCAGACAAUGUUGAGUGUACCACUUAUAUUUCUUGCAACAUCCUUGGUAAGACUUCCAGGGUUUUCAGUUGUUGCUAUCAUUUCAAUUCCGUUAUGUGCAUAUCAGGUGUUGUCAAUGGGCAUUUUCUGCUUAGACACACCAUUUUGCAUGAAGAGGAAAUUCCUCCAUGGUAUAACAGAAACCUAUGCUUGCUGUGAAGCUCAUGCCACAGCUGGAUAUGCAUGAGAGAAAGGGAAGAUUCCAGGAAACCAAUUUCUAAGUGAAGACAUCGGCAUGCAAAAUACCCAUGUAAUUCUUAAAUUUUGCUUAAAGAACAUUUAGAUGUGAUUUCUUUUUUAGCUUUGAACAAAGAUUUGCUGGAGCAGUUGGACUCUUUACUGCCAUUUGGGAGAAUAUAUUGAUCAACAUUGGUCAAGCA